AUGUUGUCUAGUUUGGUAAAGGAGCAUCAGGUGAGACAAGGAGCCAAGAAGGAGGUACAAGAGGCAAGGAAACAGGAGGCAUUAACUGCUGCUAAUAAACUUACUGAGGCUUUGGUGGACCAUCUAAACGUAGGAGUAGCACAAGCUUAUCUAAAUCAAAAACGAUUAGACUCUGAAGCUAAACUUCUACAUCAGAGUGCUACAAACUUUGCUAAACAGACACAGAGCUGGUUAACCGUUGUAGAAAGUUUCAAUACAAGUUUGAAGGAGUUAGGAGAUAUAUCAGGGUGGGCUGGUGCUAUACAUCAAGAUCUCAGGACUGUAGCUUCAACACUAGAAUACAGUGCUAAGGUUGAUCAGGAGCACCCGGAGUAA